AUGAUCCCUUUCUCUGCAGAUCAGUUCUACAGUGAGACUGAGGCAAAGCUGUUCCUGCAGUUUUAUGAGCAAACAGCCCAGGUUGUGUUCAACCAGUUCAUGGAAGCCAGUUGGAACUAUGUCACCAACAUCACCAAGCCGAAUCGGGAGGAGAUGCUGAACAAGGAGAUGGAGAGGUCCCAGUUCACGUUAUACUUUGGCACUCGGGCCCGCCUAUUUAACAUUCACCACUUCCAAGACCCGGUCGUGAAGCGCAUGUUGAGUAAGCUGCAGAACAUAGACAAGGCGGCCUUGCCCAAGGACGAGCUCCUUGAGUACAACAAGCUUCUGGCCUACAUGGAGACGGCAUACAGUAUGGGCCAGGUGUGCAUGAGUGAGGGGCCCUGCGUGACUCUAGAGUCUGACCUAGAAGAAAUCAUGGCGACCUCUAGGGAUGAGAAGGAACUGAUGUGGGCCUGGCAGGGCUGGCACGAUGCUGUGGGUCGUCAGCUCCGCCCUAUCUUUGGGCGCUACGUUUAUCUCAGCAACAAGGCUGCAAAUCUCAAUGGCUAUGAUGACAUGGGGGAUAUGUGGCGCGCCGUGUAUGAGUCUGAAACCCUGGAGGAUGACCUAGAGGACCUCUUUGAGGAGCUGAAGCCUCUCUACCUGAACCUGCAUGCCUAUGUGCGCCGCUCCCUCUACCGCCACUAUGGGCCCGAUAUCAUCGACUUGAGGGGGCCCAUCCCUGCCCACCUUCUUGGGAACAUGUGGGCUCAGUCCUGGGUCAAGAUCCUAGACCUGGUCCUCCCCUACCCCAAGAAGCCUCCAGAAGAUAUCACAAAGAUCAUGAAAGGCCAGCACUGGAAGCCUGAUAAGAUGUUUCAAGAGGCUGACACGUUCUUUACCUCCUUGGGGCUGAUCUCCAUCCCAAAUGAGUUCUGGAAAAACUCAAUGCUGGAGAAACCAACAGAUGGGCGGGAGGUGGAGUGCCACGCCUCUGCCUGGAACUUCUACAAGGACAAUGAUUUCAGGAUAAAGAAGUGCACUGAGGUGACCAUAGAAGACCUGCUCUCCAUCUUCCACCAGAUGGGCCAUAUCCAGUACUUCUUGCAGUACCAGAACCACUCUAUACUCUUCCGUGCAGGCGCCAACCCAGCCUUUCAAGAGGCCAUUGGGUUGGUGAUCUCCCUUUCAGCCUCCUCCCACAAGUACCUACUCAACAGAGGCCUUCUCAGUCACCAGCACCAGGAUCCAGAGGAGGAGAUCAACUUCAUGAUGGGCAUUGCUCUGGAGAAGAUUGCCUUCAUCCCCUUCAGCUACCUGGUUGACCUGUUUCGCUGGAGAGUUUUUGAUGGCACCAUCCAGAAGGACGUCUACAACCAAGAGUGGUGGAACCUCAGGUUGAAGUACCAGGGCCUGUGCCCCCCCAUUCCUCGGUCAGAGGAGGACUUUGACCCUGGUGCCAAGUUCCAUGUUUCUGCCAAUGUGCCCUACAUACGGUACUUCCUCAGCCUGUUGCUCCAGUUCCAGUUCCAUGAAGCACUGUGCAAGGCUUCAGGCCAUUCGGGCCCACUGCACCACUGUAACAUCUAUAACUCCAAGAUAGCUGGGGAUAUCCUGGAGAAUGUCUUGAAACUGGGUUCCAGCAGGCCUUGGCCAGAGGUUCUAAAAAAGCUGACCGGGAAGUCUAAGGUGUCUUCGAAGGCCCUCAUGACCUAUUUCAAGCCACUGCUGAACUGGCUAGUGAAUGAGAACGUGCAGCAGGGGGAGGUCUUGGGCUGGCCAGACUUCACCUGUUCUUUUGAAGGGAGAAACAUAAACAAAGUGGAUUUCUUGGCUACAAGGCUGAAGCCUGACAGAGCCAACUUCGGGCAGUGGUUGCUGUUGGUUCUGAGCUGCCUCUUGUUCCUGAUAGUCCUGGGGCUGGCUGCCAGGCUGUACUUCCUGGAAAAAGAGUCACCAAACCAGGAUUCCAAGGCACCUGCCAACCAGGCUUACUUCCUGGGUAGACCCAUGGAGCCCAGCAUGGUUGCCCGAGGACAGUGGAUCCUACUAGGCCUCUGCUUCAUCCUGCUGAUAUGCUCCAUCUGCCUGAUCGUUUGGAUCAUCACACAGCAAAACAGCAACCUUCUAUGGGAAAUGGACUAA